UGCACACACAGACAGCUGUCACACUGAAAACACAGUUAACACGGUUUUAAUGACACUUUUAUCCAACAUGCGUGACAGUCAGGCGCGCGUGCACGAUGCCCGAUCGAUCUGUCAUAUAUGAAACUAUCGAUACGGCUCGUGGAAGAAGUUUAUCGGCGGUUUUUCACAGAUUGUGGACGGAGUUAAGUAUGAGGAGUGAGAGAGGAGCUUUUGAAUGGAGCUAACCGGCUAACUGUAGGCUAACAGGGUUUAAUGAACUUUAUCAACAGUUUGACUCAGUGACAGUAACAGAAGACAACAUGGACACACUGCUGGACUUUGAGGAGUGUGUCAAAGACUCACCUGAGUUCAGGCUGAAGCUCGAGCUGUUUGAGGCGGAUGUGUCUGCGCUCGAGACAAAACUGGAUAAGGUGAUGAAGCUGUGCAGUAAGAUGGUGGAGGCGGGUCAAGCCUACAGUGCAGCCAAUCAGCUGUUCCUGACCGGCCUGGCUGAACUUUCCACGUACAACAAGAAGGACGGCGUCAUCACCAACUGUCUGAACCAGUUCAACCAGGGCCUGCAGGAAAUGGUCAGCUUCCACACGAUGUUGUUUGAUCAGACUCAGAGAGCCAUCAGUCAGCAGCUGAGCAACCUCUGUACACAGUUCCUGCCCCAGCUGCUGGAGACCAGGAGGGAGUUUGUCCGGAUAGGGGACGACCUGGAGACGGCGGCAGUCAAGAAUGCUCAGGUGUCUCGCCACAAACCUGGUGAUGCAGAGCGGGCGAGUCACCUGCUGCUUGCCACACGCAAAUGUUACCAACACUUCGCCUUGGACUACUGUCUGCAGCUCAACACCUUCAAGACUCAGCAGAGAAUCGACAUCUUAAACUCAGUGUUUUCCUUCGUCCAUGCUCAGUUCACCUUCUUCCACCAAGGCUUUGACCUGCUCAGGGACCUGGAGCCCACCAUGAAAACCAUGGCAACACAGCUGUCGCAGUUAUCAUCAGACUGUGCAGUUAAGAGAAAAGACCUGGAGAACAGACACCUGCUGGUGCAGCAGAGAGAUGCUUCAGGAGAGCCAAUGGUCAGCCCUUGCCCUGGGAGUGAUGACAUCAUCCAGGGUUACCUCUUCAAACGCUCCCGGAGGAAAUCCAAAACCUGGAAGAGGUGCUGGUUUUUCAUCAGAGACAAUCAACUCAUUUACAGGAAGUCACACAAGGAGGAAGCCGUGGUUCUGUUUGAGGACCUCAGACUGUGUGCUGUCAAAUCACUGGAGCACAUCGACCGACGUUUCUGCUUCGAGCUGCUCUCUGUUCAGAAAUGCUGUGCUCUGCAGGCAGACUCGGAGCAGCUGAAGCAGGCCUGGCUCAGCGCUCUGCAGGGCAGUAUCGACCUCGCCUACAGGGAGAGAGCAGACGUUCAUAUCACACAGCCUAAAGAGCUCCCCCCUCUCCUGUGUGGUGGGGACGCCUCCCCGGGGCCCCCUGCUCAGAGGCCGCCAGCGCUGAGCAUGGCCCUCAGUGGCCCUGGGAACCUGCGGUGUUGCGACUGCGGCGAGGAGGAUCCUCGCUGGGCCUCCAUCAACUUGGGAAUUACCAUGUGCAUUGAGUGCUCUGGCAUACACAGUCUUCACCUGUGCCUGUUGGUUGUAUUUCUAUUUCUGUGCUGUCUGCAGGGGUCACUGUUAGCUUGUGAGUUCCUGCUGCUGAACGGAGCAAACGUCAACCACCGAGACCAGAGAGGACAGGGAGCACUGCAUGCUGCUGCCACCGCUGGACACACAGGACAGGUGUGUUUGCUGCUGAAGAGAGGAGCCAAUCAGUAUGCUGUAGACGAGAGGGGACAGGACCCAUUGGCCAUCGCCGUAGAAACAGCCCAUGCUGACAUCGUCACACUACUGCGGAUGGCCAGGAUGAACGAAGAGAUGAGAGAUUCAGAAGGAGUCUUUGGAGCUGUGGGAGACGACCAGACGUUUCAGGACAUCUUCCGUGACUUCAGCGACAUGGCGUCACAUGACCCAGAGAGGCUCAGCAGACGGCAGUUCAGCCGCGGAGGCGAGGAAGAGGAGGAGGAAGAGGAGGAGGGGGUGGAGGGAGGUGCAGGAGGAGGAGAAAUGGUGAAUAGCCAACACAGUGUUGAGAAGAGGACAGAAUGACAGAAACUGAGAAUGGGAGCCUCUCGGACUGCAGACCCUCUCCACUCCAUGACCACUGGGUUACCACGGUAACAGUUUGGAUGGAGAAGCGUUAAUUUUAACCUGUAAAAGAGUUGACUGACUGCUUCAUGUAAACAAUGUCUAUAAAAUGUUCUAAAACAUAGCAGAUAUGAUAAUAUAGUGGAGUAUACUCUUUACAGUAACAUUGAAAGUAUACUUUAUGUACGGUUACUGCAGUUGGAAAAAGUGUUACUAGUAUUCACAAUGACGGAGGAGAAACUUAAUUUCAUCAUCAGUUAAUCUGCAAAUUAUUUUCUGUGUAGAUCGUUUGGUCAAAUAGUCACAUUGACUUAAUACUCACAUACUCACGUAGAAGCAGACAAGUGUUUUUCUUUAACUUAUUAUGACGUAAAUAUUGUGUGCACAAUGCUGUAGGAUAAUGAGAUCAUCGGCAUUUAGGUUGGUUCACUGUAAGCCUCGUUUUAUCAUGCAGCUCUGUUUGCCACAGAGUACCAUCUCCCUGGAACAUGAAGGCUCCAUUUAUGACACAAAGAAAGUGCAUCAAACACUCAGCAACCAAAACAGGAAGAGGAUAUUGCUUAUGUUUUCCCCUAGUAGCUAUUGGUAGCUAUCCCCAGUUAUCCCCAGUAGAGGAAAUGGAAGACUGAGGAACAACUCAAGUAUCUGUGGAAAACAAAAUGCAGUGUGUUCAAUGUUGUUGGUAGUUUCAGUGCACCAUUUAUCCUGUUCUUGUACCGGCAGCUCAUUUAGGUUUUAUUAUAAGCUCUUUUUAGAGAUCGUGCUAUAGAGCCGCUACGAAGUCCCUUUAUCACAGCACCUUCGUUUUUUGACACAGAACCAAACAACAGUGGCAUCAUGCCACUCCAGUAUGUGAUUUUAGACAGCUUACCGGCAUGACGGGCAUGACAAGUACCACAACAGCAUUGGUCUCUAGUUGUAGCUCAUAUAACAUACGUGUCGGCAGUGCUUUGUAAACAAUAAGAGUGGCGUAACAUGGCAAGGACAUAAUUUACCUUCCCUGUUAUAUGGCAGCUGAUCUCAUCCUUUGCUCGGAGGGUGAGGAGCUGCUGGACCUCCUUUUUUCCCAAUUUUCGGGCAUUUCCGGCCGCUGUUCUUCUUAGAGUUAGCUGCUAACUGCUAUCAGCUGCUUUUUAAAUUCCCCGUGGUGGGCCGCACGCAUAACACAUCAUCAAAACACCCCACCCAGGCCACCCACGAUCCCGUCCUGCUGGCUGUUGUCUUUAUACAGACAUUGUUUCGGUGCUGUUACUACCUCUGAUGCCAGCUUAAAGGCGAGACCACUCUGUCCCCCCAUUCCACAAUUGUACCCUUUACACAGCACAGAGAGGAGGAAUUACAGCAUGAAAGUCACGCCUUGAAGAUGCAGUGUAAAAGGGUCUAUAGAAAAAGUUCUUUUACAUGGCAGAGAAAACUUACAAAAUAUGUAAACAAAGAGUCAAAACCAGCUGACUGGUUGUUUUCUAGAUUGUUGCUUAGUCCAUUGUUGACUUUUCAUCUAGCGCCAUUGUCAGUUCAGUCAGUUCUGUAAAGACGGAGGCCAGCCAACUGGAAGCAAAGACUACUUAGACUGAACACUGAACAAAUGCCUAGGAUUUGAGCUGUUUAUGGCUGUUCCAGAUGAUAGAGUUUGAGAGUCUGAAAUGUUCAGCAGGACGUUCAGGGUGACGGUGACGUAAACAGGUUAAGUUAGCUCUCCAGGCUAAUGUGCACUAACUCCGUUUAUGUGAAUCGAAAUGUGACACCAGUAGGGUGGCAGCGGUGCAGGAACCAUCUCAGAAAAUAUCCCAGUUUUACAGAACCAUUAGUUCUGUCAGUUACAAUGACCUUUAAAGUAAUGAGAAUAGUAGGGCUUUUUUAGUUAUAAGACUUUUUAUUUCUAUAAUUAAAACUUGCAACAAUUUUUUAAAAUGGAAGCAUGGGGAGAUUCUACAUCCAGUUGCAUUUUUUUAAUACUGUAGAUAAGCAAAUGCAUACAGUAUGAUAACCGUCAAAUUCUAUACCAUGGUAUACCUCAAAUAUAGACCAGAGACUGUGUUGUGUUAGGUUGCUGUGAGCUGUAAAUUCACCACUUCUGAUCAGAAAGAAAAAGAAAAAGUUAUCUCAGAGUCUGAUCGGUCAAAGUCUCUCUUCCUCCAGGCAGCUCCCUCCGUCUGACUCAGACUCAGCCUAGUCUAGGUCCACUGAAAGCAAGGAACGCUCACUCUGCAGCUAAAUCUGGGGACUGAAACAUUCCCAAAAGUAAACAGCACACUGAGUGACUCUGACUAAUUAAUCCAAUCUUUUAGGGGGCGGCCCUAGUUAAGAAUGACGCAAAAUACAUCUGGACUGAGACACAGCUGUAGAAAUUUUAUUUGAAUUACAUUUCAAACCUCGUAUGGGUUUCUUUACACAUUUGUUUAUUUGUGGCAGCCCGCAAUGAUCAAAACAUCUGCUCCCACAAAUAGAUUGUCUGUUUUUGGAGCUGGACUGUUAGUUAGGAGUGCUGUUGAUAUAUAUACUGUUGAGUUAUUUAUAGCACUACACUGUCUGAGCGCAGAGUGUACUUUUACACAGAUGGAGCAGCAGAACGUCAGGUGCAUUGAAAGUGAAACUUUAACGUUUAUUCUACUGGGUCUUAACUGGUUCUAACUUGCCUCUGCAGCAGCCGCUCCUCUCGAUCUGAUCUGAUCAGCUCUGAAUUGAUAAACAGAUCAAUUAUCCACACCGCGAUUCACAAAGUACUGCUAAGGGGGAAAAAGAGCUCCGUCUGCACGGACCCAUAAAAACAUCUGAAUUUAGAGAAGGAACACACACAUUUUAAAGGGAAAAAAAGUUUUUCAAUAUUGCAUGUCAUAAUACCAUACUACUACAACCCAGUUGUCAGCUACCGCCACACAAACUCAAAUUCUGUGGGAAACACUGCACUACCAGACUUUCUUAACUCAAUCUUGAAAUGACAAAAAAACAACAACUGUUGCUGGCAGUCUGAACAAGCCCUGAGUCUUGUUACAUUUCUGUUCAUAACCAAAAAUAUAGUUUGUCACUUCCAGUCUUUAUGCUAAGCUAGGCUAACACUUCCUGACUUUGUCUUGCUGUUUGCAAGAAAAUGAAGAAGCCUUAUUUGAAUCCAGUUACUGUCAGAGCGCCAGAGACACCAUAAAGCUGAUUUAUGCUCAGUGUUAGAUACGGACACGGACGGACCACUCUCUCUAUACUCUACAUUCUCUGUAUUUGUGCACGUUUUCUGAAAGCUUACGGGUAUAGACAAAACUGAGCAGUAUCAUUAGAGAUCAUGGGGGCAUUUUAGCGUACUUCAACAAGAUAGGACCAUUGGACUCAACGAAGACAUUUUAAAAAUGGCGUAAAGGACUGAAUCAUUAAUACUGUAAAAAUAGUUCUUCGUCCAUACUUCCCAAUGUAUUUAAUGGCCUCAUAAACCACAGCCAUCUACGACACUGCCUCGGUUAAAAGUUACAUUAUCAGGACCUCCUCCACCAUCGCCAUGUUUGUUGUUGUCAGAAACUUUUGACCCUCCAGUGCCAGCUAGUGGAUGUGGCAUGGGGGUAUGAGAGCAGUAACGGUCUCAACGUUUGAAAUGAACGUAUGUAUUUUUGUAUGUAAAGGGAGUUUAAACAAGCCCUUACCUGUUUACAGUGCUGUGAUGAUGUCACAAAGGGAGUUGGUCACCUGUUCAGCCUCCAUCAUGUUGGUGUGGUUACAUGAAUCUACGCCCCUAAAAUGUUAUUUAAGAAUAUGAAUAGUUUCCAUCAGUUAAAGUCCCUUCCGUCUGUAUUUAAUGAGCAGCACACGUUUAAUUUAAAUCCUCUUGUUAUUCCAAGAAAAGAUGCUCUAACUGUUUCACUGUGACUUAAAAUUAUGUCAGAUAUAUCUGUUCAUGUUGUUGUUAACAACAGUACAAAGAAAAAACUGAAGUACACUGUGUUGAAAGCUCUGGAAACAUCCCAGAAAUCCAGAAGUACAGUAUGAUCAAAAGUUAUAAUCCUCUAAUAGUUAAAUGAAAUCAAACCCUGCUUUUUUCAGCCACAGCAAUUUAAUGCAUUAUUAUUAUUAUUACUAUUUUUUAUUUAUUUAUUUUUUUAAUAUAAUUUAAUGAAUGAUUAUCUCUCUUUAUUGCAGUUUUCAUUGCUUGUGGUGGAGUCUGCCAUUCUUAAAGAUUGCUUUUAGCUUGGACACAAACAGUAGGACGGUGUAAUAGACUGAGUUUCUGGGGGGAACUGAAGCUGUGAUCUCAAAGCCACCAGACUCCAUUGACAAAAACAGUCAUUUUACUUGGCAGAACACAAAGUUGCUGGUCUACCCAAAACUGAUCUGUUAGUGUGUAAGGUGAGGCAGAGCAAAUACUCAAAUGCAGCGUACCCUUACGCUAAUAUUGACUGGUUUUUUUAGGUGUCUGAAAUACAUUUCUGUCCACAGCAGUGCAUUGUUAAGCUUUCAUGCAGGUAGAUUUGGUUUAUCAAAGAUGAUAACAGGACAACACAGAAUAUUUCAUAAUAUUUUUGUGAGGCAAUAUCAUAUGGUCACACAUUGCCAAGUAUCUUUUUUUUUAUUAUAUGGAUUAAUGAUAUUAAAAUUCAAAUUAAACUUAAGGUAGGUAACUACUAGAAUAAUAAAAUCAAUUGCUUUUUCAGUCCACUAGAUACUUUUUACUGCUGCAGAAAAUGGCUUAAGUGAGAUGGACAGACUGAAACAGGGUGUCUACAGUAGUGUUCAUUUUGAACUUACAUCAGUGUGUUGUGUGUGUGAAAUAGUACUUAUAUAUGUGUCUCACACACACAUACACAUAAAUAUAUGUAUAUUUAAUGUGUAUUUCUGUUGCAGGUUUGGUAUUUAAAUUCAUAUAAAGUGGUAUUUAAAAAGGCCUUAAAAAGUCUUAUAUUUAGCUUGGUUAUAUCUGUAGACGAGCAGUGAAAACUUUAUCUUAUUAGCGAAAACAGACGCUGACAAACUUUUCCUUCAGGGACAUAAUUUACAGUUAAAAAAAGAUAAUCGCAAUAUAUUUUAUCACAAUACUCAGCAUAUCGCAACAUAUAUUGCAAUAAUACCGCAUCAUGACUUAAGUAUUGUGAUAAUAUUGUAUCGUGGUUCCUCUGGUGAUUCCCACCCCUUCUGUAAAUGUUGACAACAGCAAUCAACAAUUUUGCGAAUUUCACGUCUUUGCGUCUGAACUCAACUGCCAGUUUUCUGCCCCGAAGUGAUUGUUGUUAUUGUGUGACGUCAAGGGGAUUUGGUCUAUAAUUUAACGCAAUACAUAAAUAAAGUUGAUUUGAUUUUGUGAUUUUAUAAAUCCAUUAAAUGGCUAUUGCUGAAAAAAUGCAGCCCAUAAAUAGAAUCAAAAACUGGGUUUGAUUUCAUGAAAAACUGCUGAGUGGAUAAUGAACAGCUACUUAACAGAGACAGCAAACUAGCUCGAGGACAUGGCCAAAUGCAAGUAUGAAUGAAUAUAUUAAACCAUGUGGACCUUGAACUAAUCACUAAGGAAAAAUCUGGACCAGUUGGGAACCAUUGGUAUAAAGUGCCUUCUGGCAGAGUUUACUCCAAGAUGUCACCACAUUUUCUAGGUCAGGAUUCAACCUCACAACCCGUCCUUCACUCUGUGGAGCUGAACAUUUGACUGAAGUUUUAUUUGAUGUUUUGCUUCCAUCUGUUUGUUUCUUUUCACAUUUGUGUUCAUAAAGGGAUUUAAUAUGUAGCUGCUGCAGAGCUACGUUUAUCUGUUUCUUUAGACACUUUAUCAACGUGUUUCAAAUGUCUCAUUUCAGUUUGCUGUGUCUUUGGGUGAAACCAGGUUGAAAUAUUUUUGUUUUUAUGAAUGAAGGCUGAUGUGGACCAAGAGAGUGUAAAGACAGAGUCCAUCCCUGAAGCAGAACACAACUGCUGUUACAGAACAUCAGGUUUUUACUGAUUUAUUAGGAAAUAUUCAUUUUUAAAGCCUCAGACCUGCUGAAAAAACUUCACUGCAUCAUUUAAAAAUAUGAUGGAGGAGCAAUAUGACGUGUUUUAUUCUGCUUCAGGGGGGAUUUUCAACAUUUCAUUCCAGACUGUUACUAAUGUGAUGCUACUGCUUAAUAAAAACUCGUUAAUACGUGAAGAUGACUGUCUGUUGCUUUCUUCAGGGUUCAGUCUCUGUAGGCACCUUUAGGCAGUGGUGAAGUUAUUAUGAUUGUUCUUUCAUUUAUCUUACAGGACCACCCAGUGAUACUGUUCUUAAUGCAUUCUUGGUUUUCAAAACACCCUUAAUCUGACUAAUUAACUAAUUAAACAUGAAAUGAAUAUGGAUUGAAAUAAAGGGAUUUAAAUGCUAAA